AUGGGAGUAUUACGUCCAUUAUUAAUCUUUUCUCGUACAAUGUCUGCUCCAUCUGGCUCUAAGCCAAUUCAGUUGUAUUCACUGGCCACACCAAAUGGUCAAAAAAUUGGUAUCGCAUUAGAAGAAUUUGGCGUGGAAUAUGAUGCACAUUUAAUUGAUAUUUCAAAAAAUGUACAAUUUGAGGAUUGGUAUAAACAAAUAAAUCCGAAUAGUAAAAUUCCAGCGAUCGUUGAUCGUCAAGGACCCGGUGGUAAAGAAAUUUGUGUAUUUGAAAGUGGUGCUAUUCUUAUUUAUUUGGCUGAUAAAUAUGGUAAAUAUUUAAGUCCAGUAAAUACUCCUGAACGUUAUACUACACUCGAAUGGAUAAUGUGGCAAAUGGGCGGUGUAGGUCCAAUGUUUGGUCAACUAAAUCAUUUUUAUAAUGCUGCUCCAGAAGACAUUCCAUAUGCAAAACAACGAUAUUUAAAUGAAGGAAAACGUUUACUUGAAGUUCUGGAUAAACAAUUAUCAUCGAAUAAAUUUAUAAGUGGACAAGAAUAUACAAUUGCUGAUAUGUGUACAUGGCCAUGGGUAAAUGCAUUUUUUAAAGGGCAUAAAGAUAAAUUAGGUGAUAAAUCAUUUCCAAAUGUUGAAAAAUGGAUAGAAACAAUUGGCAGUAGACCACAAGUACAAAAAGGCAUUAAAGUUUGUGCAAGACAAUAA